UUCCAGGCAUAUGAGUGAGAGUUCUAUGUAUACUACUGAGGAUGAAGAAGAUGAUGAGACUGAAAAUAAGAUCCAAUUAGGCCCUCAGGUUACUCUUAAGGAACAAUUCGAAAAAGAUAAGGAGGAUGAGAGCUUGAGAAGGUGGAAGGAGCAACUUCUUGGGAGUGUGGAUAUAAAUUCUGUUGGGGAAUCUCUGGAUCCAGAAGUUAAGAUCCUGAGCCUUGUAAUCAAAUCUCCAGAGAGAUCGGAUAUUGUUCUCUCAAUCCCUGAAGACGGAAACCCUAGCAGCCCAUGGUUUACAUUGAAAGAAGGCAGCCGUUACAGCCUAACAUUUUCAUUCCAGGUCAGCAAUAACAUUGUUUCUGGCCUCAAGUAUGCAAACACUGUCUGGAAAACUGGCAUUAAAGUGGACGGCACGAAGCAAAUGAUUGGCACCUUCAGUCCACAACUGGAGUCUUACACACACGAAAUGCCUGAAGAGACAACCCCUUCUGGCAUGUUUGCUAGGGGAUCAUAUUCCGCAAAGUCAAAGUUCACCGAUGAUGACAAUAAAUGCUACCUGGAGAUCAACUAUACAUUUGAGAUUAAGAAAGAAUGGCCAGCAACAUAAAUUUAGCUACUCUUGAACUGCUCUGCACCUGUUGGGAGUGUUCUUGAUUCACUGUUUGAAUUUUUCUUAGUCUAUUUUUUCCCCUGGUAAUUUUCUGAGCAUUCAAAGGUGGUGGGAAAUCCUGAUGUGUUAUAUUUGUUGUGUGAUGGUUAGUGGAGGAGGGGGGUAUCUUUUGACAGUUAGAUAUAUUCUUGUUUGUUGGACGUUUAGCUUAGCCCUCUUUUCUUCUUUAAUGAUUAACACUGGAGACUAUUAUUUCCAAAAAAAAAAACACCGGAGACUAUUACUCCCUCCGUCC